AUGGCAAUCGACCACACAAGCCUCUACGUCCCCGAAGCCCAAUUCCAGGCCUGCCUGGCCUUCUACCUGGCCGCCCUCAAGCCACUGGGCUACGAGGUCCGCUACCAAUUCGGCGAGCUCAUCGUGGGGCUCGGCUCGGUUCACGACGACAUCGGCAGCUACCGCAAAGCCGACUUCUGGGUCUUAGGGUCCCAGACCGUCUCCGAGCGUGCGGCGCAUAUUGCAUUCACUUGUCACGACCACGCGACCGUGGACGCGUUCCACGCCGCCGGAGUCCAGGCCGGGGGCACGGACAACGGCGCCCCCGGAUUGCGGCCGGAUUACCAUGCCACGUACUAUGGGGCUUUCGUGUUGGAUCCCGCGGGGAAUAACAUCGAGGCGGUGGAUCAUGGACUUCGCUGAGUGGAAUCCCCUGGAGGGGAUGGCGGUUGGUGGGGAUGCCGCUUUACUGGGUGUAUGGUGUUGGAUGUCUAUUUUACCUUGCUAUUACUCAAUUGAUUUGCUAUUUCAAGUUGCUUCUAUGUCUCGCAGCCUCAGAAUGCGACAUGGGACAUGUCGAUGCAAGGGGGAGGGUUCGCGCUUUAGCUGCCGGUGCUUCUCUCCAGUCGUCGCGAGCUAACCAUGUCAGAGUCGAUGAAUUGGUGCAGUUAGCAUCGGCACUCUGGCAUCAGGCUAUGCUAGAGUAAGGGUCUUUGGCAAGCCACAUGCCCGGUACCCAAUGCCCGUAAAAUCAUUCCAAGACAAGCAGAAUCGGGGUAGUGCGUUAU